GUUACACUGCAAACUGAUGAAGCGAAAAAUGUCCCUUGUGGCACAAGUGGAGGCGUCAUGAUAUACUUUGAUCGGAUAGAAGUCGUCAACAUUCUCAGUGCGAGUAGUGUAUAUGACAUCGUCAAGAACUAUACAGUUGAUUACGACAAGCCGCUCAUUUUCAACAAAGUUCAUCAUGAAGUAAAUCAAUUUUGUUCCAGCCAUUCUUUGCAGGAAGUUUAUAUCGAUCUAUUUGAUCAGAUUGAUGAGAACUUGAAGACUGCACUACAAGAAGAUUUGACAAUAAUGGCACCGGGGCUGUUUGUACAAGCAGUUCGAGUCACGAAACCUAAGAUACCUGAGGCUAUAAGGCAUAAUUAUGAACAAAUGGAAGCUGAGAAGACAAAACUCCUUGUAGCCACUCAACAUCAAAAGGUUGUUGAGAAGGAAGCGGAAACCGAGCGAAAGAAAGCUGUGAUAGGUUGGCAUAUUGUCUUUUUUUUUGGAGCUUUAUCCACUGAGCUGUCCUUCUGUUCAGAAGCCGAGAAGAAGGCCCAGGUGGCCGCAAUCAUGCACAAACAAACGAUAGCUGAAAAGGAAACACAGAAGAAGAUCAGUCAGUUGGAAGACGAAAGUCAUUUGGGUAUG